AUGGGCGUCUACCGCGUCGAAGCAUCACCGAACAACCGUGCUGGUUGCAUCAACAAAGAAUGCAAGACCGCCGGAGUCAAGAUCAUGAAGGGCGAAUUCCGCUAUGCCAUCCAGGUUACUAUCCAAGAACAUCAAUCAUGGCAGUAUAAGCAUUGGGGCUGCGUCACACCGAAGCAGAUCGAAAAUCUGAUUGAGACAUCUGGAGGUGACACAGAGAUGGUCGAUGGCUAUGAUGAUCUUCCUGAAGAGUACCAAAAGAAGGUCGAUUUUGCGCUGAAGAACGGCCACGUCCCUGAUGAGGACUGGAAAGGUAUGCUGACCGCCCAGGAUGUCGAGGCCAACCGAGACGGUCGCACUGGCAUGCGUCUCACCAAAGCCGAGUUGAAGAAGAGGGCGAAGGAGGCCGGCGAAGAUGCUGAUGGCGAGGAAAAGCCCAAGAAGAAGCGCGGCAAGAAGGCCAAAGCUGACGACGAUGAGGAAGACGAAGCACCAGCACCAAAGAAGAAGAGUGUCAAAGCCGUCAAGAAGGAGAGUGACGCUGAAGAUGUCCCUGCUCCCAAGAAGCGCGGACGUCCUGCUAAGAAGGAAGCCGACGAUGGAGAUGAGGCUCCUGCUCCGAAGAAGGCCAGAGCUGCCCGCGGCAAGAAGGUCGAGUACAAAGAAGAGGAGGAGGAGGAGGGUGAGGAUGAGGAUGAGGCCCCGCCCCAGAAGAAGAGCAAGAGCCGGGCGAAGAAGGCAGCUGCCGACAGCGAGGAUGAGGCUGAGCCUGAGGAAGAACCAGGGGAAGACAAUAAGAUUGAAGAGGAAGAAGAGGAGGAAGCCCCCAAGCCAAAGCGAGGCAAGAAGGCUGCUGCUAAGGGGGCAGCCAAAACACCCCAGAAGAGGGGCAGGAAGAAGGCUGCCGUCGGCGACGAGUAG